GAACAGAGUCACUGUUGCUACUACACGCGCUGGCAGCCAGUGGCAGAAGAAGUUCCACAAUCUCGUCUCAGAUCGGCCCACAAGAGUUUCUUUCUAUUUCGACGAGUCGUGCUCUUGGCAGUUCUUGCUUUUUAUGACGAAUGACAAGACUUUUCUUCAGUUGCACGCCUGAAGGGACCAUCUAACGUUGAACAGAAAGCUGAACCAAUCAUCGAAGCUGCUCACCAUGGAAGACGAUGAUUGGGAGCCUCUGGGUGAAGCAGACAUGAAGCUGAUUCAGGCGCGACGUGAACGCUCUGAUAAAAUCUCCAAACUGAUGGGCGACUACCUACUGAAAGGCUACAAAAUGUUGGCCACCACAUGCCCUGAAUGUGGUACUAUUUUGCUGCAAACCCGACAAGGACAGAAUUACUGUGUGGCCUGUUCUGAGUUGAAUUCUGAUGUGGGAAAAGAUGAUCCAGUUCUGAGUGAGUCUGCUGCUUUGUCCAUGGCCCGUGAGCUCGAACUGGCCAGCGCAGCAGCAGCGCCUGCAUCAGCCACAGCCAAAGCCACCACCGGAACAGCUUCUGGGGACGAACCAUCAUUGCCGCCGAACUCCGUCCCCACGGUGACCCCUCUCAACCUAGGAGGCAGGCCAGUCAACAGUGCACGCUCGAGGCCCAACACAAGCCGCUCGGAUCUGGAUCAACCAAACUCUGCCGAGUCUUGCCACACCCUCAGCAUGACGAGCAUCGACGUGCAGUGCUGGCCGGCGAAUGCGAGUGACGUCCGCAGCAAAAAAUCUGCGCCCUCAAGCGCACGUUCUUUGUCUGACAUCAAAGUGGAGCCAAAUCACCUCGGGGCUGAUGGAGAUUCCGGAUUGGGGUCAUUGUCCCUCGCAGAUCAGGCCGUCAAAGAUGCCAAUGGUUUACUCACUGCCGGUUCUCAGUCACCGUUUAUCCAAACUCUCGUUGACAAGGUUCAGUGGGCGAGUCAGGAGCUUAAGAAAACUCAUAGUGUGGAGUACAGCAUACAGCUAUGUCAGCUGAUCAAAACAGCAUCAGAGGCUGUUGUGGCUGUCCGAACUGCAAGGAUAUAGAAGUCUUUUUGUAUGUGUUAGGGUUUCUUUUGAAUUUUGGGUAAAAAAAAUUUGCUGUUGAUGACUUGUUUGUUAAGUUAUUGUUGACAUCUUGCUGUCAUUUGACUUUCUCUUAGCAGCUUCAUUUACUUGUUUCUCCUCCAAUUUUCAUUUCAGUUUUUUUUUUUAAGAUUGAAAGUUGUGGGAAAAAGGUGAUAGGUGUGGAAGUUAUAAAAUAUGUUUUUUUUAUCCUUGGAUGAUUUGCUUGCUUUGAAGUGAGUAAAUUUCAUCUCCUUCUGACUUCAGUUGUGUUUGUUUUGAAAGUGGAAAUAUGUUUCACCGUAAAUGGUACGCAAAAAUGGCUAAUUGUCAACGUUAGUGUGGUCAGCCUGUGUGAAUUGUCCUUGAAUGUCUUCUCUCACCCAGGGGAUCCCUAUUUCAGCAUUUUUCUGGUUAAACUGCCAUGAUUUACCCUUUAAAUGUUGUACUGUUGAAUUAACUUCUCUUCUUUGAAAAGAAGGCAAAGGGAGGCACAGUCGAAACUGUGAAAGACAGCUACCCAUUUCGAAAAGGAAUAGUGGUUGUCAGUUGAACAGAACAGGUGAUUGUCUUGGACAGGUGGCUGUUAGAGCAGGUUUGAUUGCAUAUCAUUUAAUAUUUUCCUUCUGGUUGAUAUUUGAGAAGGAGUAGUUUUGAUAAACUCCCAGCUUUUAUUAUGGUUGUCAGUGAUUGAAGUUGUAUUUUUGCUUUGUCCUUGUGCACUUGCCAUUUAUUAAUGAGCUGCUAUUUUCUUUUUACUCUUGUUUGAAAUAUUACGAUAUUGAGAAAUGACCUGUAAUGCAGUGCUUUUGCUCCAGUCGUGGUUCAUAAUUGUGUUUUGCUUGCAGUAUGUUAGAUCCCAAGAUGACUGAUAUGUGUCCUAUGUUUUUUAAAAUACGUUUUGAAGUGAAUAAAUCUGUGAACACAAAA